AUGUGUUUACAUAAUAAAACAAAUUUAAUUAUUUGUAGAAAUUGUUCUAUUACAAUAUGUGAUGAUUGUGUUAAGAAUGAUCAUCAUGGUCAUUCAAUCAUACAGUCGUUAGAUUACAAACAAAGAUUGAAUGAUCUUUGGAAUGCUUUGAAUCUACAAUCGGAUGCAUAUCAAUACUCUGUGGAAAAGGAAAAGGAAAUAACUUCACACUAUGAGAAUCUACAUCGCUUACUGGCAACCGAAGAACAUAACCUAAAGAAACCAAUAGUAGAACAAAAACAACAAUCAGAACAAAAGAUAGAUAACAUACUCUCAGAGAUUCAAACAAUAAAUCAUUUGAUCGCUUCGACAACAACAACAACAAGUCUAUCACCUACCACUAUCACUACACAAACUUCUCCGGAUAUAGAUCAAUUAGAAUCAGAUUUUUCAGAUUCAAAUAAUCUCUAUCAAAGUAGAAUAGAAUCUAUUGUCAGUACAAUCAAAGAAUCGAGUGGAAUCAAUCAAUUGCUAUGUAACCGAAAUUUGAUAGGCGGCGGCGGUGGCAAUACCAAACAAUUGACGAUUUCAGAGUUGCUGGAAACGAUGCAACAAACAAAAACACUCGAACCUCCAAUCUUUCACGAAAUAAAAGUGGAUAUCGAUAAGAUGUCGUCACUAAGAAGUCAGCUAAGAGAUUCAAUUAGAGCUGUUCCUGUUCCAUCGAAGCAGCUGUUCACUACCUUUAAACCGAUGAAAUUCGACGAUCGUAAAGAGAAACAUAUGAUCUUUUCGAUUGGUGCUCGUGGCAAUGAUAUCUCCAUUUUUAAUCCUUAUAUUGACAUGGAAAUACGAUCGCUAAGUAAUGUAAAGCCACCCACGACACUCCCAUUGAACGACUCUCUAUAUUCAAUGGUUAAGCUUGGAAUGGAUAUCUAUUUGUUUGGUGGUGUAGAUUCCUCAAGCUUUUGUUUAUACAAUCCACCCACUCAGAGUUUCUUACCACUGUCUGUAAACGGUGAUUAUCAUGUUGCUGGCAGUAAGAAUCUGUCGAGAACAGCAACCAACGGUAGUUGA